UUAUUUUUGGGGGGAUAAUUUCUCAUCAUCACAUCUGAAAAUGAAAAUGGCUUUAAACUUUGAAAACAAGAGCAAAUUAAAGAGGGCUCCAUAACCACAUGGACUCAAGUCUUUUCCCUUCAAAAGCCACAAAUCAUUUCUCAUCCCAAUUGAAACCCAAUUCCAAUGCUCAUCAUAACGAGGUGGUGAUAGUACGUAGAUAUGCAAAGCAACGUUAGCCGGUCGCCGCCGUUGGAUCCGACGGCGGCGGAGGGCUCCGCCGACAGGGACGGCGGGAAGUGGGCGGAGCGGCUCCUGAGGGAAUGCGCGGGCGCGAUUUCAGAGAAAGAUUCCGCCAAGAUCCACCAGCUGCUGUGGAUGCUGAACGAGCUGGCGUCGCCCUACGGGGACUGCGACCAGAAACUCGCCGCGCAUUUCUUGCAAGCCUUGUUUUGCAAGGCAACUGAAACCGGGCCCAAGUGCUACAAAACCCUCCUCUCCGUCUCCGAGAAGAGCCACAGCUUUGAUUCCGCCCGGAAACUGAUCCUCAAGUUCCAAGAGGUGAGCCCCUGGACCACUUUCGGUCACGUCGCCUCCAACGGCGCCAUCUUGGAGGCCUUGGACGGCGAAACCAAGCUUCACAUAAUCGACAUUAGCAACACCUUUUGCACCCAAUGGCCUACCUUGCUCGAAGCCCUCGCCACGCGGAACGACGAGACACCGCACCUUAAGCUCACGGUGGUGGUCACGGCCGCCACGGUGGUUAAGUCGUUCAUGAAGGAAAUAGCGCAGAGGAUGGAGAAAUUCGCGAGGCUGAUGGGCGUGCCGUUCGAGUUCAACGUCGUGAGCGGGCUAACCCACCUAGGAGAGAUCACCAAAGACGUCUUAAACGUGCGAGACGACGAAUCCGUGGCGAUCAAUUGCAUCGGCGCACUGAGACGAGUGGCGGUGGAGGAAAGGGGCGAGAUUCUCCGCACCUUCCGAUCCCUCCGCCCCAAAGUGGUCACCGUCGUGGAGGAAGACGCGGAUUUCACCCACAACAGAGACGAUUUCGUCAAGUGCUUCGAGGAGUGCCUCAGAUUCUACACGCUCUACUUGGAGAUGCUGGCGGAGAGCUUCCCAGCAACCAGCAACGAGAGGUUGAUGCUGGAGAGAGAGUGCUCGAGGAGCAUACUUAGGGUUUUGGGCUGCGACGAACAGAUCAGCGACGGAGACUCCGAGAACCGAGAGAGAGGAAUCCAGUGGUCGGAGAAGCUCCGGGACGCCGGCUUCUCGCCUUUUACCCUCAACGACGACGCAGUUGACGACGUUAAGGCCUUGCUGAAAAGGUACAAAGGCGGAUGGGCACUUCAACAACAAGCCGCCGGGGAAGACAAUACAACCUCAUCAUCAUCAACAUCAGGAAUAUACUUGACAUGGAAAGAUGAGCCAGUAGUAUGGGCUUCAGCUUGGAAGCCCUAGAAUUAUAUAUAUAUAUAUACUUCAAUUCACUUCUCUGAAUCUCAGAAUUGAAAACCCAGAUAUAUAUUAUAUGAAUUAUGAUAUGAAUACUUGGAGUUUGUGAUGGUUAUUUAUAUUUGGAGUGUGUGCAUGUAUGUUUUUUGUUUUGUUUUUAGUUUUCCAAGACUAUCUUCUUGAUCAUGAUAUUCAUGAUGAUAAGCAUACUGUAGUGAGUACUACUACUUUUCCUUUUCUUUUUCUUUCCUUUCCUUUCAGAUCCAACAUUACUUGAAGCCUUAUACUUGGGAGUUUGUGA